UCUGAAUUAGAACCAAUUGCAUGAAUUACGGGGGUCAAUUUCGAGGCAUGAACCAGACGUAAUUCCGACGACAUAGUCAAGGAUAUCAGGAGUACCUUGCGGCACGCACGAUAAGCACCCAAACCAAAGUACCGCUAGAUAUAGCUGGCCUGUGCUUUUGCCACCCCACAAGCGUCACGCGGGAUUGAAUAGUCUCGCGAUACAUGCCUCGGAUCUUCCUCUUACGACUCGUCUGCAUCUUCACCGUUGCGACUUACCAUCUCCAACCUCCAAACCAAGUCCAACGCCGUCAAGAUGUCUGUAACCCAAACAUCACUCUCGGUCGCAAUCUUGGCCUCCACCCUCGGAACCUACAUAGGCCUCCUAAACCCCAACCCCGAACCGCCUCAAACACCAGGAAACGACCCUCACCACCACAACCAACAUCACCAUCAAACCACACACGCGGACUCAAUCCGCUGGAUGCACCUCACCCACAAACACACCCCAAAAGUAAUCCUCCUCCCCCUCGCCCUACUCUCCUUCCACCUCGCCGCCCUUACCCUCUACUUCCCCCAAAUCCCGCCCUCCAUCCUCCGCCACGGCGCCGAAAACGGCCUCAGCGCCUCCCUGACAACCUGGUCCGCCUCAACCCUCCUCCCGCUCUCCGCAAUCUUCCUCCUCGGCGUCCCGCUCCGUCUCGGACCCUAUCGCUCCCUAGGCAAGAACUUUACCUUUCAGCUCACGAAGCCGGAUCAACUUAAAACGACGGGGAUUUAUAGCUACCUCCAGCACCCGAGCUACACGGGCGUCAUCGUGCUCGUCCUUUCGAAUGUCGCGCUGCUGGCUAGACUUGACGGCGUGCUGAGCUGCUGGGUUGCGCCUGGUUUGCAUCAUGGAUUACUGAGUGUGCAGUGGGUUCUUGGUCCUGCUGCAUGUUGUGUGUUUUUGUUUGGGGUGUGGACAAGGGUGAGGGAGGAGGAGAGGAUGUUGAGGGACGAGUUUGGGGAGAAGUGGGAGAGGUGGCAUGCUUCGACGGCAAGGUUCGUGCCGUAUGUGUUCUGAGGGUUGUGCUCUUAGACGCUUGAUACGAUGAUGAGAGGUUGAUAUCCAUGGUAGACUUCACAAUUUAGUUCAGACAUUUGCUUGUUGGCUUUGACAAUGUGAUC